AUGCCUGCGGAAGCCAGCACAAAUAUAGUAGUGGAAACUAUCACUGUAACUGCCACUGUUGUUGGAGAACCAAAUUCGGGCUCUAGCUCUAAGUCAAGUGUGGUAGUAGAGCCAACAUCCGCAAAUGAGGCUUCGACUAUUUCACCUUCAAUUUUUUCCGUUUCGAGCUUGAAUGCGUCUUAUACCACACUUUUAUCAUCAACCGAAACGGGAUCGUUGGUAACCUCUUCCAAUUCAGCAUCAGAAACGAUUCUCACUCUCCUAACACCCACAUCAUCAUCUCUUCCAUACACAUCCUCUACCAUCACAUCUCAGCCGCUCUCGAACUUCUCCUCAACCUCUACUUCCCUCCCCGUCUCUUCCUCAUCAUCCAGCCCCAGAUUUCCCGUCUCUCCUCUCGUCACCACAUGUAACACCACAGCCGUUUGCCGCCAGAAUCAACAUUGCUCCUCAGACAAAACGUGCUUAUGUCAACCAUCUUUAAGCGGCACAGGCUACUGCAUGGCUGAUACACCCUGCUCUGCUCUCUCUUCUUGCGCCACUGAUUCCGACUGUGGCUCCGGUUCUGCCUGUAUGAGAACUUGCUGCUCUGAAAAUAAAUGUCUUUCAUUAUUGGGUUUAUGUCAGAAUCCUGAUACUGCAACCGUUAUCUUUGGAAGGGAUGAGGAGGGGAACAAUAGGCAUGGAAUGGCUGGGGACGUGGCAGAGGAGGAAGAAGAGUGGACGAAUAGGGGACCGUGGGCUAAAAGAUUGGGAAGGAUGUAA